GUUUAAGUGAACUGGAGAGGAUCCCUCCUCUAGGGCCAGCUUCACCAAUAACAGAAAGCACCGCCACCCAGGGGCUGCUGAAAACUGAAAAGGGAGAGCAUGGCAUCGGAAAAGCGGUGCCACUACGAGGUGCUGGGCCUGAGCCGCGACUGCACGGCCGACGAAAUCCGGUCGGCCUACAAGAAGCUGGCGCUGCAGCGCCACCCGGACAAGCUGGUCCAGUCGGGCCUCUCCCAGGCCGAGGCCACAGCCCGCUUCCAAGAGCUGGCCCAGGCCUACGAGGUCCUCUCCGACCCCAAGGAACGCGCCUGGUACGACUCCCACCGCUCCCAGAUCCUCUUCGCCGAUUCGAACCCCUCCACCAACUCCACCGUCCCCAACCUCUUCUCCUUCUUCUCCAACACCGUCUACUCCGGCUACUCCGACUCGGGUCGCGGGUUCUUCAAGGUCUACUCCGACCUCUUCUCUAAGAUUUACGCCAACGAGCUCGAUUUCGCCAGUAAGCUAGGGUUAGGGCGGGAGUCGGUGCGCCAGGCUCCGGCGAUGGGGAACCUGGAGAGUCCCUACGCGCAGGUGAGCGCGUUCUACAACUACUGGCUAGGGUUUAGCUCGGUGAUGGAUUUCUUCUGGGUGGACCAGUACGACGCGAUGGCGGGGCUGAACCGGAAGUCGAGGAGGGUGAUGGAGGAGGAGAACAAGAAGGCGAGGAAGAAGGCGAGGAGGGAGUACAACGAGACGGUGCGUGGGUUGGCGGAAUUCGUGAAGAAGAGGGACAAGCGCGUGAUCGACAUGGCGUUGAAGAGGAAUUUGGAGAUGGAGAGGAAGAGGGUAUUGGAGAGGGAGAGGAAGAGGGAAUUGGAGAGGGAGAGGAUGGAGAGGGUUAGGGCUUACGUGGAGCCCGACUGGGCUCAGGCGGAGGAGGUGGAGGAGGAAGAGGAGGAAGAGGAAGAGAGGAAAGCGAGGGAAGGGAAGGAGUUGUAUUGUGUCGUGUGUGGGAAGAAGUUCAAGAGCGAGAAGCAGUGGAAGAAUCACGAGCAGUCCAAGAAGCAUAAGGAGAAGGUUGCGGAGUUUCGGGAUUCCAUUGGUGAUGAAGGAGUACAAGUGGAUGAUGGUGUUGGACAAGAAAAAGAAGAGGAGGAGACAGUGGCGGAUGAGCUUGGAGAGAGGAUUAGGGAUGGUUUGGAAAUCGAGGGGGAGGAGAAUGGAGAUGAAUUAUAUGAGGUCGAGGAUGGGGAUGGGGACAAUGGCAACGAUGAUGAUGAUGAUGAUGAUGAUGAAGAAGAUGAAAUGGGUGUGCUUGAGGCAAUGGUGGCGGGGCAUAAGAAUAGGAAAAAUGUGGGCUUGGGGAGUGAGGGUGGUGUUGAGGAUGAUGAGAGUGAUGGGGUUGGGUUUAUGGAGUACAAUAAUCGGAAGAGCACGAGAAGGAGUCGUGGGGGGAAGAAGGAGAAGGGCACAAGGAAUGGUGGAGAGGCUAUGAGGGAUGCAACCAGUAAGAUUGAUAGUCAGAGCGAUGAAAGUGAUGGAAAUCAAAAUUCCAACUUGGAGGAAUCCUCUACUCGAUUUGUGGAGAAUGAAUUUGGGAGUGAGGGUCGUGUUGAGGACGAUGAGAGUAAUGGGGUUGAGUUUAUGGAGUACAAUAAUCGGAAGAGCACAAGAAGGAGUCGUGGGGGCAAGAAGGAGAAGGGCAAAAGGAAUGGUGGAGAGGCUAUGAGGGAUGCAACUGAUAAGAUUGAUAGUCGGAGCGACGAAAGUGAUGGAAAUCAGAAUUCCAACUUGGAGGAAUCCUCUACUCAUUGUUUGCCGGAGAAUGAGAGCAAUGGUAAUGGUAAAGGGGACAAUCGGUUAGGUAGGAGUAAAAAGGUUUCAGACCAAGCUGUUGAUCAAAAAGGGACAGGGAAGAAAGACACAAAUGCCAAAUCAAAGAACUCAUCGAAACAGAAGAAAGCUAAGGCAGCAUCAAAGAAUUCUAGCAAUUUAUGUGAGGCAUGUGGGGAGGAGUUUGAAUCAAGGAAUAAAUUACAUAAGCAUUUGGGUGAAACAGGCCAUGCUGCACUAAAAUAUCGAUGAGGAAACAAUUGCUGAAUAUUUAUGGUAUGCGAGUAAAUUAUCAACCGAGUGGAGUUGCCUUCA